GAAAGAGAAUUUGGCGACUACAAAUCCUACUUUGUCAAUAAACAAUUAAAACAACAAAAGGCUGACCAAGAGUUUGUUAAAUGGGAACAAAAGAGAAACCCAAAUAACAAAAAUUACAUUCCCAUUUUCAAAAAUUGUAUUGUGUAUAUCAAUGGCUAUACUAAUCCAAACUCUCAAACACUUCGUAAAUUAGUAACCCUAUACGGAGGAAAAUACUCUUCUACUGAGAAUCCUAUGGUUACUCAUAUAAUUGCAACUAAAUUAACUCCGAGAAAACUAACUCUACUAAAAUAUCGUAAAGUUGUUAAACCAGAAUGGAUUGUUGAUAGUAUAAAAAAUCAAAAUUUAAUGAAUUGGAGAAUCUAUAGUCUAUUAAAUUCAAAAACUUUCAGUGGAACAAAAGUUACUGAUAAAAUACCUGUUCAUAAUAACGUUCCUAAUCAAAAAAAAUAUUUUGAUAAAGAAAAAACUUGUAACCAAGAACACCAAGUGCAAAAGGAUUCUACCAUUUCUAAAAAUAUUGACUCAAAGGACCCAGAAUUUCUUAAGUACUACUUUUCAAAUUCUAGAUUACAUCACUUGAGCACUUGGAAAUCCGAUCUUAAAUCAGAGUUUGUAGAAAAAGCAAUUGAAGUAAAUCUUCAACAAAAUAAUUUAUUAAAAAUGAAAACUUCUGUCUCUACCAGUAAUUCCAUUGUACUUCAUAUUGACUUUGAUUGUUUUUUUGCAAAAGUUUCUUCUUUAAAUUAUCCAAAUAUUGAUUUUGAGAAAUUUCCUGUUUGUGUUUCUCAUGGUUCUGGCACUUCUGAUAUUUCCUCUUGCAAUUACGUUUGCAGAAAAUUUGGUAUUAAAAAUGGCAUGUGGGUUCAAAAUGCUAAAAAAAUAUGUCCAAAUUUGAUUUGUUUAAAAUAUAAUUUUGUCAAUUAUGAGAAGAUUUCAAGAACAUUUUAUGAUUACCUACUUCAAAACAUUCAGUUUAAUAGUAUUUUACCUGUAAGUAUUGACGAGGUCUUACUAGAUGUGAAUUGCGAAUCAAAGAGUGAUAUUGAUAUACUUGCAGAAAAAAUUAGAAAUGAUAUUUUACAAUUAACUAAAUGUACCAUUUCUGUUGGUGCUUCAACAAAUGUACUUUUGGCCAAAUUGUCCUUGAAAAAAGCUAAACCAAAUGGAUACUUUUUUUUAAAUUCCGAAGACCAUUUGUUCCUAGAAACAUUUCUCAACAACACAUUAGUCAGAGAUUUACCGGGAGUAGGUAGGUCGACAAUCGAGAGAUUUCAGAAAGAACUAGGUUCUAAUUGCUUAAAUCCUAUCAAGAUAGGAAAUAUUAAAAAAAUCAACAAAGGCAGGUUUAUAUCAAUUUUCGGGAAUAAAACUGGGUCGAAAUUUUAUGAUUACACAAGAGGCGUUGAUCAUUUUUCAAUUUCUAAAGAAAUCAAUAAGAUCCGUUUUGAUGCAAAUAAAUCGGUGUCUAUAGAUGUUAAUUGGGGUGUUCGGUUUGAUCAUUGGAAACAAGUGGAGACUUUUCUAACUUCAUUAUCUCAGGAGCUAGUUAAUCGUAUGAAAAAAAUUAAAAAAGUUGGUUCAACAUUGGUGUUAAAAAUCAUGAAAAGAGCACCAAAUGCGCCAGUUGUUCCACCAAAAUUUUUGGGAAUGGGUGAAUGUGUACAAUUAUCCAAAAGUUCAAAAAUUGGAUUGCCCACAAAUGAUGUUGGAAUAAUAUCAACAGAAGCAAAGUGUUUAUUGAGGCUUAUAAAUUGCAAUCCUAUUGAAAUAAGAGGCGUUGGAAUUCAAAUGAAAAAUCUU